AUGGAAAUCGGUUGGAGGUUAACGCCCCUGUUCGUCGAUCAGGGCGUCAACGAACGUGCGUGGGACGUCGGCAAACGCGUCCUGCUCUAUGGCGUUACCAGCCCGUCUCUACAAGCCAAGGAGGUCGCGUGUGCCAACCGUGCUCAAAGCGUGCUUGCAAGCCACGGUGCUUAUGCUGCCAACAUUUGUCAGCUGCUCAAUGGCGCGGUCAAUACAAUCCAUCUCAGGCCGAACGAAGUUUGCAGAAGUAAUCGGUGUGACUUUUCAACGCCGAGUCGUCUUGUGCUGUCCCUCGCCGUCCUGCAUGCAUGA